UGUUAACCUGUAUGCUAUUUUAGCGCAGCUGCAGAAGAACACAUACGUUGGCGCAUUCAAGAUAGCGAACAUGAACUCAGCCUUGCAGCGCUCAGGCGUCUGCAGUUGCAGUAGUGUAGCGCAUCGACCAUGCUUUAGGCCUUUUGCUUCAACAAUAACCGCGCGCUCUCGAACACCGCAACUCCUUGUCGUUCGAGCGGGUCCAGCCGUGGACGAUGACGAGGAGCUGGAGAAGCGGCUCGCCAAGUUGAGGCAGGCUAAGGGUGCUGCACCAUAUGGCCAGUCAGCAAAGGCUGCAAAGGCUGAGAAAGAAGCACCAGCCCCUAAGAAAAAGAAGGAGAAGGUCGUUUACGACUUCUCUGACGAAAAGCUAUACUAUGAGGGCCCUCCUCACCGCGGCGACUUGGCGAUCAAUCUAGCACUCGGCUCCACCCUUUUCUGGCUGCCCCUCACCAUCGCUGCCGUCGGGCGGGCGCUGUUCGUGCAGUACCGGUUUACAGACAAGCGCAUUUCCGUGAAAACGAAUGCACCAUGGAAGACUGAGCAGCUGGACGCGGCGUAUCAGGAGGUCAAGGAAGUGAGGAGCAUUCCGCGCGGUGUGGGCGUGUGGGGUGACAUGGUGGUGGUGCUCAACGACGGCAGCAAGAUCGAGAUCCGCGCGCUGGACAGGUUCCGUGAGCUCCAGUCGUACAUUUUGAAACGCCGGGACGAGCUGGCUCCCCGCAGCAACGACCUCACCCAGGAGGAGCUGCUGGGGGAGGCGCCGGCCAAGGCGGGUAAGGGCAAGGGGUUUGCGUGAGAGCAGGGCAGAGCAAGGUGCUGCUGUGCUGGGCUAGGAGGGUCCGGACGGAGCGGUGAGCGGACAAGCGGUGAGGGGCGGAGGGCGGCGAGGCGGUGGGGUGUCGCGGUCGCUAGGGUGUCCUGCGUAGAACUGCUCCCGGAUUUGAUUGAGGGUUGGUGAUGCCAAGAAUGUAUCGAGGGGACUUGCCUGGAGUGUUUUCACCUUGGGGGGGGUGCAAUAUUGGAAGCGGAAGGAUGGGGUGCAAGAGAGGAGUGGUUCAGAGUGCAUUGGAGCCCGGCAUGGUUGCAUUAGGAGUAGACCCGGCAUACGACGGCAUGCGAGGCAGUGUAAUUUGAUGGCUGUGAUCUUGACCUAUGUGACUGCGAAGAAGAUGAGAGGGGCAUAGGAGGGCCUUGAGUGUGAGGGAAAGGCGACUUUGCCACUGAUCUUCUGAGGGUGAGAGAAGUAGGGAACUGAGGGCGCUGGGAACUUUGCCGAGAGAAGAUGAAGCUGACAGUUUUGCAAGAGGUGUGCGUAUUUAAGUAUGCGGUGAGAGGAGGGCAGCGCAGUUGCACUCAAGGUUGAUUGAUCGUCUUACAUGCAAUGUACGGCAAUGUUAUAAAAUUAUAUAUGCAUGUCGCAAAUUCACCGGGC